GAUGAUCCAAUUCAUUACAGCCAGCCUGGAUUAGGCAGGGUUAAUCCUCCUCCUCCGGAGAUCUCCCUCCAGCGUCUCACUGCACACCUCCCUCCCAGGGGCGAAGGAAUGGAGAACGAUCUUGGAACACGGCUUCUAAUUAGUACCUCAGGCUGUGAGGAGGAGGGAGGUCCUCUGCGCCAAAGGGUGUGGGAGGAGUCCAAGAAGCUGUGGGUGGUUGCUGCACCUGCCAUCUUCACAAGGUUUACAACGUUCGGUAUCCCCGUCAUCGGCCAAGCUUACGUCGGCCACAUCGGCGGCACAACAGACCUCGCCGCCUUCGCACUGAUCUUUACAGUUCUUGCCCGCUUCAGCAGUGGAGUCCUGUUGGGGAUGUCGAGUGCAUUGGAGACGCUCUGCGGGCAGGCAUAUGGGGCAGGACGGCACCACAUGCUGGGCAUCUAUCUUCAGCAGUCAUGGAUCGUGCUCCUCUGCACCGCCACCUUGCUACUCCCUCUUUUCAUCUUUGCACCGACCAUCCUAGCGCUGGUUGGUCAGGCGGAGGAGAUAGCACAAGCCUCUGCCUCCAUAUCUCUCUGGUUCAUUCCCGUCCUAUACGCUUUCCUCUUCUCCUACACGCUCCAGAUGUAUCUUCAGUCACAGAGCAAGAACUUGAUUAUUAGCUACUUGGCAGCUCUCUCCAUAUUGCUUCACGUAUCCCUUUCAUGGCUUAUUUCAUCAAAGCCGGGUUGGGGGGUUCAUGGGGUCAUGUUCUCCAUGAACCUUGCCUAUUGGAUACCAAACGUUGGACAGUUUCUCUUUGUUUUCUGUGGUGGCUGCCCGAGAACAUGGACAGGCUUCUCCACUCGUUCAUUCGCCAACCUUUGGCCAGUGGUUAAGCUCUCCGCUUCGUCAGGUGUAAUGAUCUGUGUGAGGGUCUCUAACGAGUUGGGAAGAGGAAGUGCAAGUGCAGUGAAGUUCUCUAUCCUGGUCGUGGUGGGGACUUCAUUUGCCAUUGGCUUCCUACUGUUCCUGAUCUUCAUGGCAGUUGGAGGACGUGUUGCCUAUGUGUUCACGGACGACGGAAAGGUGGUGGAAGCGGUUUCACGCCUCUCUUCUUGGUUGGCUCUCUCCAUCUUACUCAACAGUGUUCAACCAGUGCUCUCAGGUGUUGCUACUGGUGCAGGUUGGCAAAGCUUGGUGGGCUACGUGAAUCUUGCUUGUUACUACCUCAUUGGUCUUCCCUUGGGAGCUGUGCUGGGGUACGUUUGGGGGCUUCAAGUUGAAGGAGUGUGGAUUGGAAUGAUUUUCGGCACUGCUCUUCAAACAUUUGUAUUAGUCUACUUAACGUGGAGAACCGAUUGGGACAAACAGGUCUCUAUGGCUGUGGAACGUGUGAGCAAAUACUACCUGUCUCGCCCGCCGACCGCCGAGACAUGCGAUUGCCGUGCUGCCCAAAACCCCCUCACCUAAUUAGAUCAUGUUCUUUAAAUAAAGAAACAUCAAUAAUGGCGAACUAGAAGCCAAAUUUGGCAAAAAUUAAGUCCAAAACGAUGUUUUCCCAAGUGCUAUGUAUGGCCUUGUAUAAAUUAAUUGCCCAUGGGAUCUAUUUAUCCAUUUGCUUAUUCA